ACCAGCUUGAUGCCUAAGCUACGUACAACCAUCUAUAUAUUGGCAUCGAUCACGCCGUGGGAGCAAAGGCGGCAUCAUGUCAUUGACCACCAAUGUCGAUGUGUUUAAGCCGCCUCGCAGAGGCUAUUACUGGAGUUAUUACAUCAUCACAAGUUCUCAAGAGCUAGAGUCCGCCCUGGCGCACCCUCUAGCGCAAACCUAUCCGGUGGUGCUCAUGUUCUGGGCGAGCUGGAACGAGCCAUGCAGGGUGAUGAUGAGACCCUUUAGGGCCAUGGCCGUGGCUAAGAGAAGGGCCGCCAUAUUCUGCCAGGUGGACGUCGACAAGUUCAAAGAUAUCGUGGAGCGGUACCGAGUGGAGGCGCUGCCAACGUUCCUGCUGCUCAAGCAAGGCAUGGAGAAGGGCAGGGUCGUCGGCGCCAAGGUCGGGGACCUCAGCACCAUCAUCAUGGCCAACAUAUAAAUGAUACAGUAACUGGUACUAGCUAGAUACGAUCUGUCGACUGAUGGAUGUUCCAUCAGCCGGCCUUUCCGUCAGGUAUAUUAUUGAUGAAUGAACAAUUGAGAUAUGUAUCGAUUCAUCUCGUCGGAAAUCUCAAUCACUUCCCUUAAACAGCCCUGCGGCACUCCGUCGGUCUGGGAAACUACUGUGCACAGGACUUGCCAUGCAUGGAUGGCUUCACUGGAUUGUGGUUCAAAAAUCGGAUACGCACUGUGGCCUCCAUAGGAGACCCGGUAUAAAUAGCAUAUUGUGCUUGAGUUGUGCACUUGCUAAUACAAAGUGUUUAAUAUUA